GAAAUGAGAAAAUGACAAAUUAACGUCAAAUUUUUUUUCAUGAACACACCGAGAAAAUUAAUUUCUCCUAUUUUUCAUUGAAAAAUCGCAAAAAACCACCGCAAGUAGUGGCUAAAAAGGACAAAAGUGUUUCCGUGAAAGGUCCCCCUGGAAUAUUGUGUUGGAAAAUAGGCACAGGAUUUGUGGUGAAAUACAAUAAAAAGAGAAAAUGAUGGUGGAGGAUUCCACAGCUUCUGAGGCGACAAGGAGAUUGAAUGUGAAGAAGCAAACUCUGGAUGAUGCCUACGCUGUGCCCGCAAACUUCCUGGAGAUUGAUGUUGUGAAUCCCAUGACCUCCAUGACGGCGGGCAAGAAGAGGUAUACAGACUACGAAGUCCGGAUGAGGACAAAUCUGCCCGUCUUCAAAGUAAAAGAAUCCAGCGUAAGACGGCGUUACAGUGAUUUUGAAUGGCUCAGGAAUGAACUGGAGAGAGAUAGCAAGAUUGUUGUACCGCCGUUGCCUGGCAAAGCGUGGAAACGCCAAAUGCCCUUCCGCGGAGACGAUGGCCUUUUCGAUGAGAACUUCAUUGAGGAACGACGAAAAGGAUUGGAGAUUUUUAUUAAUAAAAUUGCUGGGCAUCCCUUGGCUCAGAAUGAGCGGUGUCUCCACAUGUUUCUCCAGGAGCCUACAAUUGACAAAAACUACGUCCCCGGGAAGAUUAGAAACACAUAAAAUGCAUUCAGAAAGUUGAAAUUCACCGAGAUACGUCUAAAAUUACUUUUUUUGUACGUUGUGAGCUGAGAGGAAGGAAAAUAUUACUAUAUAUAUAAAUAUUAUAAAAAAAUACAUUAAGUUUCAGGAUUAAUGUAAUUUUUUUGCAAACAGAUAAACAUGGGACAACAUUUUUCUCUUUUUUUUUCGUUUUAAGAAGUAUAAAUUCUAUUUUUCUCUAUUGGGUCAGACGUAUUUUUACUUGCAAUAUAAAAUGAUUAUAAAACAAAAGAUAUAAGAAUAUAGAUUAAAUUAUAAAGUAACAGCGAUACUGAAGAGAAAGAAAAAAAAUCAAGGAAAAUUCUAUUUUUGGAUAAAUGGAAAAAAAUAAAAUUUGUCACUAAAACGCAAGUCUAAUAUGCAAUCUCCAACAUUUAAAUUUAACAAGAAAAAAAGAAACAAAAUACUAUUAAUGGAAUGAGACAAAAGUGGUUAUAAAUAGGAAGCAUAUAGUAAAGUAAUUUUUUGGAGCACCUUUGCGAUAAGAAAAAAAACAUUUAUUUCUCAAUUUAUUAAGACAGUAAAGUUUAUUUUUUAGAAAAUAUUGUAUUAUAGGCUAUUCUUUAAAACAAAUACAAACCUUGGUGGUAAUUGAAGAAUAAAAAUUGCCAAAAUCAAUGUUCUUCUCUUUUGUUUGGUUACAGUAUAAGAACAAGAAAAAAAAUUGGGCAAUACGAAGAAACUGCUGAAAUUUUAAAUUUGGCAAAAAUGACAUGAUUUUUGAUUGAUUUGAAGAGAAUAAAAAAACGUGAGUAACAUUGUGUUGUAAAAUAAAUUCAUUAUCACUAGAAUUGUAUGUAAUAUCUGUUUCAAAUGAAAGAAAAAAAUAUUUCUUGGAAAGAUCAAUAAAAAUGUUUCAAUCAA